CGCUUAGCAACACGCGCGUGGCUGGAUUGGGCGGAGCUGUCUGGAUCUCCGGUCCUUUCGAGCGUCGGGUCGGUUUGCUAUGCAAGGCCGAGGCUCUAUGGCCUAAUCCGAAAGGGAUGCUAAAAGUAAAAGUCCUUUUCGUAGGUCCUAGUGAGGCUGGAAAAUCUGUCUUGGCAAACUUCUUGUCAGAGACCAUUGAAGGUAUUGGCAGUUACAUCCCCACCCAAGGAGUAAGGAUUUUAGAAUAUGAGAAGCCACAUUUCAAUGGAAACAGCAAAGGACCAGGAUGUCGGUUUGAACUGUGGGAUUGUGGAGGUGAUCAAAAAUUUGAGACUUGCUGGCCUGCUCUGAUGAAAGAUUCCCAUGGUGUCGUCAUUAUAUUUAAUCCAGACUUGCCAAGCCACGUGAAGGAAAUUGAAAUGUGGUACUCCUGUUUUGUCCAACAGCAGCAGUUGCUUGAGAAUCAGUGCUUGCUCAUAGCACAUCAUAAGCCAGGCACUGCAGGAGAUGUAGAGAAUCUCACUUUGCCUUCACCAUUGAACAGAUUGACAUUGAUACACUCCAGCCUUGAAGAAGACCCUGAAGAUGUCAGAAUGGAAUUUGUGAAGUUCCUGAAGAAUAUUACUACUUUGGAAGAAACAAAAUUUUCAGGUUCAUGAAAUAUCAAAGUCUUCAGUGAACACUUCUUACAGAGGAAUGAAAGAAUGCUUUCAGGCUCUUAAUACAGACAGAUUUCAAAUGAGAUCAUGAGUUUUGAAUCUAUUUCAAUUUAUAGUCAAUGCAAGGAACAUUAACUACUAGUACAUUUGUUUUCAGCAUUUGGGGAGGUGUCUCAUCUGCUUUCCAUCUAUUCAGAACAUGCAUCCACAUGGAACCUUUUAGACAAGAGGAGGGAAAUUACAUCUCUAAAUGUUUUUUGCAAAGAUUUUCAAUCACAUAAAAUAUCUGGGAGGCAGGAUAGGUUAAGAUAAUUUAUGAUUGCAAGCAAACUAUUGUUUGAGGAUAAAAACCAAAUUUAUGGAGCUGUUGCUGGAAUGAUCCUUGGCAGUUUAAAAGGUAUACACCAGCCUCUCAUGAG